AUGGCUAAAGAAAGGCCAAAGUUACAAGAUGAUCAAAGAAACAAAGUUGCCCAGUGGCUAUUAGAGCAUAGCAGUGAAGGCAACCUUCGCCAUGGAGCAAAAAAAGAGGCGGCACUUCACUUCAAAGUAAACUUGAAGACCAUUUGGAGGAUUUGGAGCCAAGUCUCCAAUCAAAGAGCAUCCGGUGUACCUGUCCAGGAGAAAAAACUGAAACCACAUACAAAUGCCAUAAAACCCUUCCUUACCACACAAAACAAGCUAUGUAGGCUGAGGUGGAGCCUUAAACAGCUCAGUGGGGUAAGUGAGGAUGGUUUUAUACCAUUCCAAAGUAUGUACAACACCAUCCACAUCGAUGAAAAAUGGUUCUAUCUUACCAAAACCAAUGAUAGAUACUACCUCCUGCCCGAUGAGGAAGAACCACAUAGGACAUGCAAAUCAAAAAGGCAUAUUGAAAAAAUCAUGUUUAUGUGUGCUGCUGCGAGGCCUAUCAUUGAUGAAGAUGGCACAGUCAUAUUCGAUGGAAAGUUAGGCAUUUAUCCUUUCAUAACCAUAGAGCCAGCACAAAGGAACUCGAAAAACAGAGUGAAAGGUACGCUGGAAGUUAAGGCAAUUGCAGCAAUCACUAAGCCCAUCAUUAGAGACAGCCUUAUAAAACAGCCAGCUAAUUCACCGGAUACAAAUGUCAAUGACCUUGAGUUUUUCAGAGCUAUUCAGAGCCUAAAAGAUCAAAAACCAGCCAAGAAUGUCGAGGAGUUACUAGAGAAUGUGAAAGCUGCGUACGAGGAAUACCCACCAGAGAAGCUCAACAAUGUUUUCCUAACCUUACAAGGCUGCUAUCAAGAGAUAAUCAAGUGUAAGGGUGGGAACAACUACAAGAUUCCACAUAUGAAUAAAGAAAGACUGUCCAUGCAGGGGAUGUUACCACGAUGUAUUCAAGUUGAAGAAUCACUUGUCAAGGAAGGUCUAGAGUUCCUACAGAUGGAAUCAAGUGAAGAAGGCGAAAUUUUAAGGCUUGAAGAUGUCAUAGAAUGGCUGAAUGAAGUGUUACUUAUAGAUUAG